GCCGAGAAUUUAGUUACUUCUAGUGGUCGUCGAAUACUCGAAUUGUGGGUUCUGUCCGACUCUGUUAAUGCUCCUCAGUUGUGUUUUGGAUUUACCUUACGUCCUAAGCGAUCACAUUACCUAAGAUUACUACUGAUUUUCUUGGAAAUUUAUUACAUUUUUCGGCCAAAGUAAAUUGGCACAAUAAAUCUGUAAAAAGCACAAUCAUCAAAGGUGACUGACAUUGCAUAGGUGGCAACAACUUAAAUUGAAUCAAGAUGGAGAAUGAAGAAAACGAAGAAGAGGAGGUAAAAGAUGGCCCAAUUAAACGAAAAAGAGGCCGCCCUAAGUCUACAAAGGACCCAAAAGCAAGAGAAUUCUGUUGUGAACACUGUGGAAAAACAUUCAAACAACUUAAUGUCUUUCGUGUUCAUACAAGGAUCCACACAGGGGAACGUCCCUACCAGUGUGAGCUUUGUGGCAUGAGUUUCAAUCAGAUAGGUACUCUCAAAGAUCAUCAAAAAAUUCAUACUGGGGAGAAGCCCCACCCAUGUCCACACUGCCCAUCCCGAUUCACUAACAAGACAAGACUAACACGCCAUAUUCGUACACAUACUGGAGAAAGGCCUUAUAAAUGUGACUUUUGCCAGAUGGACUUUGCCACCCAAAGUGUGUUGGUCAAACACCGCCGCGUGCACACGGGAGAGAAACCAUUUAGUUGUGAUGAGUGUGGAAUGUCAUUUACUCAGCGAUCGACACUCGUCAAUCACAAGAAAGUGCAUACAGGAAAGCGGAGACGUUAUCCUCAAAGACUUCUCUACUUCCUUUGUAAACCUUGUUCCCGCUACUAUCCAACGGUAGAGAAGUUACACUCCCAUGUAUGCCUUCCAACUGGACAGACUCCAGAUGGCCAGCACGGCUGCGAAGCUUGCCCAAAGAAAUUCUCCAGUGUUAAAGCUGCCAAGAAACAUCAGUCUGAGUCGCAUGGACCAGAAGCUGACACUGAACAAGUGUGUGUGGUCUGUAAGGAAAUCUUCCCUACUCUCGAUGAACUGGCCGAACACGUUCAGACUCAUGGCAAACCUAAAGCGCCUGAAUCUGCGCAGAAUGAAGCUAAUAAUGUCAUCACCACAUUCGAGUGUUCGGAAUGCGGCAAAUUUUGUAACACCAAAGCACAGCUACUCAUCCACCAGCGUAUCCAUACUGGCGAACGGCCGUUUGUAUGCCCUCACUGUUCCAAAUCUUUCCGCUACCGCCAGAAUCUGAAGGAACAUCUCAAUAGUCACCAAGGUAACCGACCUUAUGCUUGCGACCAAUGCGAUAAACGCUUUGCAUUUUCGGCCAACUUAUCUACUCAUAAACUGACGCACGGUGAAUCGAAAGGUCGCUGUCGCUUCUGCAACAAGAGCUUUCGAAGCACUGUACGACUGCAAGCCCAUGAAGCCGAACACCUUGUCGAAACUGGCGAGGGCGCUACUAUCCCAAAUGAAGAGGUCGAGAGCUAUUUGGUAAUUUCCAUGGAGAAUUGAUGUUACGAAGCUUCGAGGUGCUUAAUGGUAACAUUGUUUAAAAAAAAAAAAAGACAAAAAAAAUACAAAACAAGACAAAC